UUUCGAGAGCUUCGCAUGCUUUCAACGUUUUUAUCUUAGCUUCAAAUUUUAUUACGUGUCGCGAAUCUUAAAUCCUCAAACUGAGUGGAGAAAUGCUCACAGUUCUGAUAAUUUUUCUUGGGUUGGCUUCAGUGCUGGCCAAUCCCAUGAGUGAUAGCAACUUGGCUAUAUUUCUGUCAGAGAUUAAUCAGCAGCUUGGCGCUAAUUACGAUGAGGAAAUUUUGGCCCUGAUGAAAAGCGAGCUAAGUGGAAAGAGCGAUUCCACAGCACUUCUCCAAGCAAGUUUAGCCAAUGAGAAGCUGCUCAGCUAUGUGAAGAGUCAGCACUCUCGAGUGGCCAAGUAUAAGCGAUUGCAUGUGGGAGAUGCACUGCAGCGACGUCAGCUGGAGCGUAUUCCUCAGGUGGGUUACGAGGCACUUGGUGACGUAGAAGUGAAUCAGCUUUAUGCUCUGGCAGCCAACUUGAGUAACAGCUCUCAAAGAGUUAAGCUGUGCGCCUAUAGACAAACAACUAAUUGUUCAUUAAGACUUAUACCAGAUGUUCAGAAGUUGGUGCAGGAGUCUACGAAUCUGGAGGAGAUUGAGUACUAUUGGUUGGAAUGGCGACGAGCUGCAGGUCUGUCCAAGCGGUAUCAGUUUGUCACCUUCAUGGAGUUGUAUAAGAAGUCGGCUAAGCUCAAUGGUUUUGUCCAUGCCGAGGAUUUUUGGUUCCGACAACUGGAGAUGAAUGGUGACCAAGUUAUGAAGCUAUUAAAUGACAUGAUGGCCACACUGCGUCCUUUAUUUCUACAGUUUCAUGCUCAUGUGCGUGCUGCGCUUAGAAAGAUGCAUGGCGAGCAGAUUGUGCCAAGAGGACGUCCUUAUCCUCAGCACCUAGCUGAGAUCUUUUUGGGCAAUGCUUUUAGACGUCCUCGGACUGAUUGGUUUAAGGAUAUGCCAUCUCCAGAGUGGGGACUCGCCAAUAUAACAGAGGCAUUGCAUCGACGUGGCAUGAGCACAACCCAGCGUGUAUUUUGGAAUGUGGCAGAGUACUUUCACGGACUGGGGUUGCCCCAAUUGCAGAGUGCACUAUGGUCUAAUGCACAGACUGUGGCUGCCCACAACGAGGAUGAAUGCUGGCAUAAGGCUUGGAGAUUCUACACCGUGUCCAGUGUCAACUUUAGCUACUGUCCACUUAAUGACGAGGAGCGUUUCUUCAGCAUGUUUGAGGCACAGUCUGAUCUACAGUAUUACCAAGCAUCCGCAGCUCAACCCACGCUGUUACGGGAGGAACCUUUUCCCAACUUUCGUGAUGCUCUAGGAAAAUGCUUCUCUCUUGCUGCCUCCUCUCCUCGAUAUCUGCGUAAGCUUGGCUUGCUCCGCAACAAGAAAUGGUUGGAUCUUCCUGCUCGCCUGAAUCGUUUGUAUCUGCAGGGAUUGAGGGUUAUCUUUCUGCUGCCCGUUUUCUAUGUGCUGGAUCGCUAUAGAGUAGAAGUGCUGAGCGGACACAUCAAGGCGGACGAUAAUGAAGCCUACUGGAGACUGACUGAGUUGUACACUGGAGCCACAGCUCCACGUAGACGCAGCAAUGAACAGUUCGAUGUGCCCGCCAAGCUUCUCAUGGAGGUAGAUGAUCAGUACACAAGCCAAUUCUUAAGCACUGUGCUGCAGUUUCAACUCUACAAACACUUCUGUAGUAAGACUGGUCAGUAUGUGGAGGGUUCUGUGCACACGCCAUUGGAUCUCUGCGAUUUAUCAGAUCAGCGUGAGUUAGGUCCAAGUAUAUUUCAUGCCAUGUCGCUGGGCUCAUCGUUGCACUACGAGAAAGUUUUGCAACAGCUUAUAGGUACUAAAGAAAUUAACAUGGAUGGGCUUUUGACAUAUUUUCAACCUCUACACGAUUGGCUGAUACAACAGAAUCGUCAAAAUAAUGUAGAGAUUGGCUGGAUUUAGUUAUAAUUAGUUUCGCCCGAAAGUAUGCUACAAAAAUCGCUUAACGAAGUUCAGCAGAAAAGUAUGCAAUUAUUUAUGUACAACUUCAAUUGAAUUUCAAUUUAGAAGAUACGAUUUUUGCCCAUCUGUUUUUAGUCUAUAGUCAACCACAUGAAGCAACUCUAGCUUAUAAUUCUUAUUCCAUAACGUUAUCAUUAUUCUAAAUAAUAAAAAAAUAGAUAAAAGCAUAUUCGCAGCAUACGAUGUUCAAACACGUAACCAGAACAAUGAUUCUACUUGAACAUUUUGAAGAGCGCGACACAAUUAUUUCAUACAAUAACUUAACAAAAUUGGUUAAUAGUCAUACCAACACACUCAACGCAAUCAUAGUCGAGCACUUUAUGGCUGU